AUGCAGUUCUCCAUCGCAACCCUCGCCGCCCUCGCUGCCACUGCCACCGCAACCUACGUCCCCAGCUACAACACCACAUCCUCCUCCACUGCCGUCGUUGUGCCUCCUUACCCCAUCACAACCAGCGCAUACUACCCAACUGGCACUGGCUCUCCCUCCACCACCGUCAGGCCAACUGGAACCGGUGCUGCCCCAUCGGGAACCUCCAGCAUCAUUCCCUUCCCAGGUGCUGCAUCUGAGAUCAAGGCUGGCUCUGCCUUCGCCAUGAUCGUUGCCGGAGGUGUCGCUCUCUUCAUCUAA